AUGGUCAAGGUGACGACGCUGUUUCUCGGGGCCUUUUUCACGUUUAUUGUUGUGCCGGGAUACGUCAAGGCCGAGAAGCCAGAAUGGGAGACGUUAGGGGUUGCCCUCUGCGGUCUCAUUCCUUUAUUCUUCGUGGCAUACACCACAUCUCCCUUCGUCUCACACAUUUACAUCCAUCUACCUCCCGUCGCCCGCACUAGUCGCCCAGUCCUCGAGCGCUUCAUCCACGCCUUGCCCCCUUCCACCGAGCUCACCCUCACCACCAUGAGCGCCAUUGCGAAGCCUCGCUACAGCACCAUGCAGGUAGGCCACUUGCGGCCGGCAAAGCGACGCUUCGGCAUCGUCAACCAUGUGCGAGACGCCGAGGGCGCCAUUGCGGAGAACGAGACGAGGAAGUGGUACAACUUGCGAGCCAUGACCAAGUUUGGCGUGCAGGAGGCUGGCGUGGAGAAGAAGAAGCCCAAGGGGAAGAAGGGGAAGGACUUGACCGAGGCGUGGAUCUGGGAUGCCGUUAAGAGUAAGAUUGAGAAGAGGGCCGUGGCAGAGAAGGUGGCAUGA